GUGGUCAUAUGUACGGGAGAACGACACACGCUCGAACAGCCUACUUUCACUUCGAGGCAACAGCGCUGCAGCUCAGCCCGGGAACCGCUCUGCUGGCCGUGCUAUUACCGCGCAGGGAAAACAUGAACUAUAACAGAUGGAUUAAUACUUAUCCGAGAUUGGCAUAAUUUUCUCCACAUAUCACAUUAAACGAAGGCGAUUUUUUUUUUUUACUAUUAUUUUUUAGUUGAUAGGUAGCAUAGACUAAGUUGCAUCCUGUGGAAAUCUUACUUGCUCACUAUGGACAGAUAUCUAAGUAGAAAGAGGAUAUCGUCUUGUUAAAUUAUACGACUUUCUUGAUUGGCUCCCGAUAAAAGUGUGACUGCAGCCUCCGCGGCAAUUUUGAAAAAGACAUUUCGAUUACAUAAUGGACCGUUUUUUUAUGAUAGUUCUAGUGUUUUUUUCCGUAGCACUUGUGCGAAUGUGUGACUGUCAGAAAGAAUCAGCAGAUGGCAUGCAGGAUGGUGCAGGCGCCCCAGCGAUGUGGGACCAGCUACUGUCUCGAGCGAGAAGCCAAGGUCAUUCCAUGCGGGGACCCGAGGACUCUGUCACAGCCAAACCAUCCAGUGAAAGUUCCCCAGUAUCUUCUCACAACGCAGCAGUGGUCACACCACCUCGAGGUGACGGAAGUGCACCUGAAGUGCACCCCGCUCGCAUGGCGGGCGAAGCCACACGAGCUCGCGGUGGGGUACGAACACCUAGACAACUGGGCACCCACCAGUCAUCACAGGCCAGACCCAGAAGCGGUUCCAGACAGGCUAACAAACACAGUUCAUCAAAGACUAGGCGUCUUGUCGGGGCCAAUGUGUGUGGAGGCCAGCAGUGCUGUUCCGGCUGGGCGCAGGCUCCAGGGACGAGUCGCUGCAUCAAGCCUGACUGCCAGCCCCCCUGCCAGAACCGGGGCUCCUGCAGCAGGCCCCAAACCUGCGUGUGUCGCUCGGGCUUCCAGGGCAGCCGCUGUGAGGAGGUGGCCCCAGAGCAGGUGUACAUCCACUCAGGUGGGGCCCUAAGGCGGGUGGAGCCAGGAGCCAACCCCUUCCAGAGAGACCAGCCUCGGAGGAGAGCCCAGGACAGGCAGGCUGGAGACCAUCAGGGCCCCGGGGCCCACACGCCCAGACCAGCCACCACCAAACAGCCUCUCCACGCUGUGACCCAAGUGAGACCAGGAACCGCGGACUCCUCUCCCCAGCAGACCGGGACCUCCCGCACCGUCAAGCGUUACCCAUCAUCUACAUGGCCCAUCACCUCCAACGCUCUGCCCAGUGGGAACGGGCACAGCAGCAGGCAUGGUCAUAACAGCCACAGAGCCUCCAGCGACAGGCAGCUCCAGGGCCAGUCCAGCAAUGCUCUGACUCCUGCAGACCACUUCAAGGAGAUCUGCCCGGCCGGUCAUGGCUAUGCGUACUCCCGCUCCGACGUGCAGCUCUCCCUGAGGCAGCUGGAGGAGCAAGAGCUGAGGAGGAGCGGCCUGUCCUGGAGGCAGCCCAGCCCCUCUUACCCCCAGCCUGCCCAGCCUGCCCAGCCUGCCACAAUACCCCCCUACCCCGAGACCCCACAAUACCCCCCACCACCACAGAUACCCCUCCGACCACCACCACCAACACACUACCCCCAGUACCCUACCGAGCCCCACCCUGCCAACGAGACCCCCAGGCAACCUGAAGAAGAUGUGGAGAUACUGGAGCUGCCUCCGCUGGUGACCGAGUCUCCUCUGAAGUAUCCAGAGGUGCUGGAGAGGGUCACUCCUCCUCCCAUCAGCGUGCACCCAGAGUGGGACGGGCAAGACACCGCCUCCAUCGACGUGGCAACCAAAGUCACAGAUGUUGACAGGUGUUCCGUCACCCCCACCAUCUGUGGUCAUGGGCAGUGUGUGCCGGUGCAGACCGGCUACACCUGCUACUGUGACCCUGGAUACAAGCUCAGCGCGCUCCAGACCAACUGCAUCGACGUGAACGAGUGUGAGGAGAGCCCGUGUGGAGGGAAGGGCCGCUGUGUCAACACGUUUGGCUCCUACACCUGCCACUGCCUCAGCGGCUACAGCCAGGUCAUCACCCACAACAGGAAGUUCUGUCAAGAUGUAAACGAGUGUGCCAUGCCUAACAAGUGCCAGGCAGGUGAGUGUGUGAACACAGACGGAUCGUACACCUGCGAGUGUGGGACUGGAUUCACCAAGUCCUGGAGAGGCAGCUGUGAAGAUGUGGAUGAGUGUGGGCACCCUGGCUCCUGCCCCAGUGGGCUCUGUGUGAACACCCAGGGCUCCUUCCUCUGCCAGCCCUGUGGACUCGGCUACAGGGCAGCCAGCGGCAGCUGCGUGGACGUGAACGAGUGCCUCAACCAAUCGCUGUGCGCCCACGGGAGGUGUGUCAACACGGAAGGCUCCUACAGCUGCAACUGUCACCAAGGAUACGAGGCCUCACCGGACAACAGCGGUUGUCAAGAUGUGGACGAGUGCCUGAUCCUCGGAGCCUGCCUCCACGGCAGGUGUGUCAACCUGGACGGCUCCCACAGGUGCACCUGUAGCCAUGGUUACCAGGCCAGCUCCGACAGCAAAGCCUGUGAAGAUGUCAACGAGUGUGCUACGCGUAAUGUGUGCCCCUCGGGAAUAUGCAUCAACGCCGAAGGUUCCUACUCGUGUCAGGACUGCGGGCCCGGGUUUGAGCGGGCUCCUGAUGGGCUGAGGUGUGAGGAUGUGGAUGAGUGUACCCAGACCGGCGUGUGUCUGGGCGGCGGCUGCACUAACUCUCCAGGGGCGUUCAGCUGCAGCCACUGCAGGACGGGGUACAGGGUGUCCCAGGACAGGCAGCGCUGCGAGGACGUGGACGAGUGCCAGGAUCAGGCUGUGUGUGGGAACGGGGUGUGUGUGAACUCACCGGGGUCCUUCUCCUGCAUCAGCUGUCCUCCAGGGUACACAGUGUCUGCAGACGGAGAGCUCUGCCAAGAUGUGGAUGAGUGUGCGCUGCCCAGUACGUGUCCCCGGGGAACAUGCACCAACACAGAGGGUUCCUACACCUGCCUCACCUGCAGGACUGGCUUCACUGUCUCUGACAACAGACAGGAGUGUGAAGAUGUGGACGAGUGCGCCGGGCCUGACAUCUGCCCCGGACAGCUGUGCAGAAACACUCCAGGCUCCUUCUCCUGCCGAAGCUGUCCUCCUGGUCUCUCCCUGUCUGAGGACAGGUCUGUCUGCCAGGACAUAGACGAGUGCCUCUUCCUGGGGGCGUGUCCUGGGGGUGUGUGCACCAAUACCGAGGGCUCCUUCUCCUGCAUGACAUGUGACCUCGGCUUCGCCCUCUCAGCCAAUGGCCUCUCCUGUGAAGACGUGGACGAGUGUGCGUCUGGAGGUGUGUGUGCGGGAGGACGCUGCAGCAACACCCUGGGCUCCUUCAGCUGCUCCUGCCCCCCCGGACUGGAGCUGGGGGAGGGGACCACCUGCAGAGAUGUGGAUGAGUGUGUGUCCGGAGCCGUCUGUGGAGACGGGGAGUGUAUGAACACUGAGGGCUCGUACCUGUGCAUCUGUCCUGAUGGAUACAGCUCUGCUGUAGACGCUGGUGUGGGCUGCAGAGACAUGGAUGAGUGCAGUAAGGACAGCGUGUGCUCCAGAGGCAGGUGUGUGAACACAGACGGAUCUUUCCUGUGCCUGUGUGAGGCUGGCUUCAAGUUCUCCUCCCACACAGCUGACUGUGAAGAUCAGAAUGAGUGUGAGGAGUUUGGCAGCUCGGUGUGUGGAACCUGGCGCUGUGAGAACACCCUGGGCUCGUACCGCUGCUUCAGAGGCUGCCAGCCUGGCCUGGAGGGGGCGCUGGAGGGAGACUGUGACACAGACGAGUGUUUGAACGAGACCAUCUGCGGUGACCACGGCUUCUGUGAGAACACGGACGGCUCCUUCCGCUGCCAGUGUGACCAGGGCUACACCAACCCCCCUGGAGACCCUGGCCAGGCCUGUGUGGACGUGAACGAGUGUGAGAUGAGCCUGGCGCUGUGCGGGACAGCCCUGUGUGAGAACGUGGACGGAAGCUUCCUGUGCAUCUGCCCCAGCAACCACCAGGAAUUUGAUCCUCUCACCAGCCAGUGCCGCUCUCUGGGGGAGACGGGCGCCCCUGCGUACACCUCCCCGGAGGAGCGGCAGAGGAAGGACUGCUUCUACAACCUGAACGACGCCAACUUCUGCGACAACGUCCUGUCCCGCAACACCACCAAGCACGAGUGCUGCUGCAGCGCUGGCUCCGGCUGGGGGGAUGGCUGUGAGAUUCACCCCUGCCCCCCCCCUGGAGGAGAGGAGUACCACCAGUUGUGUCCACAUGGCAACGGGCUGCUGUCCCAGCCAGCCUCCUCUCCCCAGGGCCUGGACCAGCCUCCGUUCACAGAUAUCGAUGAGUGUGAGAUGUUUGGGCCAGACAUCUGUAAGAACGGCCGCUGCACCAACCUGUUCUCCUCCUACUCCUGCUUCUGCCUCUCUGGGUUCUACUACGACAACAUCCGUCUGGAGUGUGUGGACUACGACGAGUGUGAGACAGAGAAGGUGUGUGUGGACGGGGUGUGUGUGAACACGGCAGGGUCGUUUAACUGCUUCUGCAGCCCUCCUCUGGUCCUGGACACCUCACGCAGGCGCUGCAUCAGCCUGAACACCACGGAGGAGAGCCAGGAGGUGGAUGAGGACAUCCACCUGGACGUCUGCUGGCAGGCUCUGCUCCAGGAUGACGUGUGCUCCCAGCCGCUGUUGGGUCGCAGGACCACCUACACUGAGUGCUGCUGUCUGUACGGGGUGGCCUGGAGCGACCAGUGUGCCUUCUGCCCCCUCAGGGACUCAGAUGACUACGCUGCAGUGUGUAACCUGCCCAGGAGAGGAGCAGACAGCCUGAGGGAGAGGCCAGGGUACGAGUACGGGCCUGAGAGCUCCGAGGCUGUGGAGGGCCCCUACGGCCCCUACUGGGACAACUACGGGGCCUCUGUCCCCGGGGGCCCCUUCUACAGCGCAGGGGUUCCCCAGGGCAUCCCCCUCUUCACCGACCCUGCCAGCGAGAGCGACUACGGGCUGCAAGAGAGGCAGCCCCCCCUCAGGGUCCCUGUCCACCGGCCCCGGGAGCCCCCGCCCCCCCUGCUACGCCCCGCCCGCCCCCACUACGAGCCCUCCGCUGGCUUCGAGGGUCUCCGGGCGGAGGAGUGUGGCGUGCUGAACGGCUGUGAGAACGGUCGCUGCGUUCGCGUGAGGGAGGGCUACACCUGCGACUGCUUCGACGGCUUCCAGCUCGACCUCACCAAGAUGGCGUGCGUCGACAUCAACGAGUGUGAGGACAUCAGCGACAAGGUGUCCCUGUGUGAGAACGGGGAGUGUAGCAACACAGAGGGCUCCUACAGGUGCUCCUGCCUGCCUGGCUUCCAGGCCUCCGCCAAGCCUCACCACUGCAUCCCUGAGAUCCCAGAGAUCGGCCGCAGGGAGGCGGGAAACUGAGUCCUCCUCUCCUGCCUCCCUCCAUCUAGGACUAUUCCUCCACCCCCCAUCCCCCCAUCCCUCAUCCUCCACCCUCCUGCAGCCUGGCUCCAACCCUCCAUCUAGGACUACUCCUCCACCCCCCAU